AUGAUUUCACCACCUCAAACUGUCAUUCGGUCCUGGUCCCCAAUCAUACGCAAUACAGAAUUAUAUGAACCUGCUUCGCGUGUAACAACAGGCCGUUCCAACUCUUUCGGUCUCGGUGAUACAACCGAUAUUCCAGGUUCGGAGGUAGAAUGCUACCAUCCGUUUGCAACAUCGAGGCAUCAGGUUGUGUUUGGAAAUGGUGUACUGAUCGAUCCUGUGCUGGUUCAAGCUGAUUGGGUUCGCCGUACGGCGUAG